CAUGGGCAUGAGACGGCAGCACAAAGAUACAACGCUACUCGUGUCCAGGCGGGAUAUGAACCUGAGAGCAUGGCAGACUACCUGAUCAGCGGGGGGACAGGGUACGUACCGGAGGAUGGACUGACAGCGCAACAACUUUUUGCCAUCGGUGACGGACUCACAUACAAUGACUUCCUGAUCCUUCCUGGGUUCAUAGACUUCACAUCAGAUGAAGUAGAUCUGACCUCAGCCCUGACCAAGAAGAUCACCCUGAAGACCCCCCUGAUCUCCUCCCCCAUGGACACUGUCACAGAGUCCUCUAUGGCCAUUGCUAUGGCACUCAUGGGCGGGAUUGGAAUCAUCCAUCAUAACUGUACCGCUGAGUUCCAGGCUAACGAGGUCCGCAGGGUCAAGAAAUUUGAGCAGGGCUUCAUCACAGACCCAGUGGUGAUGAGUCCUCGUCACACGGUAGGGGAUGUGUUCGAGGCCAAGGUACGCCACGGCUUUUCCGGUAUCCCCGUUACUGAGACGGGGAAGAUGGGCAGCAAGCUGGUGGGUAUCAUCACCUCGAGAGACAUCGACUUCUUGUCCGAGAAGGACCACGAUAGACCUCUGGAGGAGGCAAUGACCAAGAGGGAAGAUUUAGUGGUUGCACCGGCUGGUGUUACAUUGAAAGAGGCUAACGAUAUCCUGCAGCGCAGUAAGAAAGGUAAGCUGCCCAUCGUCAACGACAGCGAUGAGCUGGUGGCCAUCAUCGCCAGGACAGACCUGAAGAAGAACAGAGACUACCCCCUGGCCUCCAAAGACUCACGCAAGCAGCUGUUGUGCGGUGCGGCCAUCGGCACCAGGGAGGACGACAAGUAUCGCCUGGAACUGCUCAUGCAAGCCGGGGUUGACGUGAUCGUUCUGGACUCGUCACAAGGGAACUCAGUCUAUCAGAUCAACCUGAUCAACUACAUCAAACAGAAGUACCCAGAGCUGCAGGUGGUGGGAGGGAACGUGGUGACUGCCGCCCAGGCCAAGAACCUGAUCGAUGCCGGCGUAGACGCCCUCAGAGUGGGCAUGGGCUGUGGCUCCAUCUGCAUCACCCAGGAAGUGAUGGCCUGCGGACGUCCCCAGGGCACGUCGGUGUACAAGGUGGCCGAGUACGCCCGCCGUUUUGGUGUGCCCGUCAUCGCGGACGGAGGAAUUCAGACUGUUGGGCACGUGGUGAAAGCUCUGGCCCUCGGAGCAUCUACAGUGAUGAUGGGGUCGUUGCUGGCGGCAACCACCGAGGCUCCUGGGGAAUAUUUCUUUUCGGAUGGCGUGCGCCUGAAGAAGUACCGUGGCAUGGGCUCCUUGGAUGCCAUGGAGAAGAACAGCAACAGUCAGAAGCGUUACUUCAGUGAAGGGGACAAGGUGAAGGUAGCACAGGGUGUGUCGGGCUCGGUCCAGGACAAAGGCUCCAUCCACAAGUUUGCCCCAUACCUCAUCGCUGGAAUUCAACAUGGCUGUCAAGACAUAGGAGCUAAGAGCCUGUCCAUACUGCGGUCUAUGAUGUACUCCGGGGAGCUGAAGUUUGAAAAGAGGACCAUGUCUGCCCAGGUGGAAGGAGGAGUCCACGGGCUCCACUCUUACGAGAAGCGACUAUACUGAGGCAGGAAGUAAGGCCAGCGCGCGGGGGGCCCCUAAUGUGCCCGCUCCUACAACAAUGAAGAAUAAUGGACACCAC